AUGGAGCACAGAGGACAAAGAAGCCGUGUGGGCUGCUGGUGGGUCGUCGUGAUGGUCUUGUUUCUUGGGAGGAGGAUUUGGGCACAGCUUCGAUAUUCUGUUCCAGAAGAAGUGCAGGUGGGGACCGCAGUGGGAAAUAUUGCUAAGGAUUUGGGACUGGAUGUUCGCACUUUGGCCGAAAGACGGUUCCGUAUUGUAUCUGGUCCGAAUAAUGCAUUACUACAGCUUAACCAGAACAAUGGCGCUCUGUACGUGAAGAAACAGAUAGACAGAGAGGAACUCUGUGAAGGGGCUAAAGUGUGUUUGAUAAAUCUGAAAAUAGUUGUUGAAAAUCCCCUGGAAAUCCAUUACGUUGCCGUGGAGAUCACGGACGUCAAUGAUCACCCAUCAAGCUUCCCAGAAGACAAGCAGAGGCUGGAAAUAUCAGAACAUAUACCACCAGGUACCCGUUUUCAAAUCCAUUCUGCUCGAGACCCUGAUGUUGGUGCAAACUCUGUACAAUUUUAUAAACUGAGCUCAGUGGAUCUUUUUGACAUUGAAGUGAGGGACAAUGAAGAGGACAAGAUACCGUUUUUAGUCUUGAAAAAACCUUUGGACAGGGAGCAGAAAACGGAGCACAAUUUAGUCUUAACUGCACUAGAUGGAGGCAGUCCUCCCAAAUCUGGUAGUCUUAAUUUAAGCAUCAUUGUGAUUGAUGCGAAUGACAACAGGCCUGUGUUUAGUCAAGAUGUUUACAGUGUCACACUUGAAGAAAAUGCUCCUAUUGGGACUCUUGUAGUGGGACUAAACGCCACAGAUUUAGAUGAAGGGUCUAACAGUGAAAUAGAAUAUUCACUUGGGAAAACACAAAAGAAGAAAGUGCACGACAGAUUUGAAUUAGACAGCAUUACUGGUGAGAUCAGAGUGAAAGGACUGAUUGACUUUGAGGAUACUGAGAUCUACAGGUUAGAUGUACAAGCGUCAGAUAAAGGCCAACCACCCUGGACAUCUGAAGGUAGAGUUGUGAUAAAAAUAAAGGAUGUGAAUGACAACGAGCCAGAAAUGGAAGUGACGUCACUGCGUAACGUCGUCCCCGAAAAUUCAAAGCCUGGCACUGUCAUCUCUCUUAUUAGCAUCACAGACAGAGACUCUGGAGUGAACGGGAAAGUUAUUUGUCGUAUCUUAGGAGACGUUCCGUUUGAUUUAACCCCGUCAAUUGAGGAGAAUAUGUACUCUCUUGUCACUAAGGCUUUUUUGGACAGGGAGAGCGUGAACAAUUAUGACAUCAAAAUAACAGCCAAUGACUGCGGCCAACCGUCACUUUCUACUAUGAUCAUAUUAAAUGUCCAAGUAUCAGAUAUGAAUGAUAACAGACCGACAUUCAGCCACGAUCCGUAUGAACUGUACUUAAUAGAAAAUAACACUCCAGGUGCGACAAUAUUAUCUGUGAGUGCGGGUGAUAGUGAUCUAGAGGAAAAUGCAGCAGUUACUUACCACAUCGUGAGAGGGGAUGGACAGCCAGGUGAUAUCACGUCAUUACUCAACAUUCAUUCUGAAAAUGGACAAAUAUCAGCGUUAAAAAGUUUUGAUUUUGAGACGCUGAAAAGUUUCCGGUUCCAAGUCGUGGCCACAGACGGUGGAAGUCCUCCACUGAGCAGCAACGUGACAGUGAACGUGUUCAUUCUGGACCAGAACGACAACGCUCCAGUCAUCCUGUACCCAGUCAGCUCCAACGGUUCUGCUGAAGGUGUGGAGGAGAUUCCCCGCAAUAUGAAAGCAGGAGACUUGGUGACUAAAGUCCGAGCCUAUGAUGCUGAUAUAGGAUAUAACGGCUGGUUACUGUUUUCACUGCAGCAAGUCACUGACCACAGUCUCUUUACUUUGGACCGCUAUACGGGCCAGAUCAGAACACUUCGCUCAUUGACAGAGACGGACGAGGCUGAGCAUGGACUGCUCAUACUGGUCAAAGACAAUGGCAACGUUUCCCUGUCAGCAACAGCUACUGUGACUGUCAAACUUGUGGAGCCCAAAGAGGCUUUUGCAGCUUCUGAUGUCAAACGUGCAGCAGCAAAAGUGGACGAGGAGGACGACAAUGUGACUUUUUAUCUCAUCCUCACUUUGGGCUCGGUCUCGCUGCUUUUUGUCAUCAGCAUCAUCGUGCUGAUCGCCAUGCAGUGCUCCAAAUCCACAGAGUACACUUCCAAAUAUCUCCAAGACGCUAAUUAUGAUGGGACACUGUGUCACAGCAUCCAGUACAGAUCAGGAGACAAACGCUACAUGCUAGUUGGACCCAGAAUGAGUAUAGGUUCUACUAUAGUCCCGGGCAGCCACGCCAACACUCUGGUGCUCCCUGACAGGAGACACACUUCUUCUGGGGAGGUAAGAAGCACAUUUUCUUUGAAUAAUGAUUGCUUACAACAAAUUAUCUGUGCACUUUUAUGA